AUGUCUGCUUUGGCCCUGCCUGGCGUGCUAUGUCGCUUUGACCUCCUCCCUCCACACUCCUCCAAGCCCCUCUCCACACUCCUCCACGCCUCUAUCCUCUCCACACUUCUCCAAGCCUCCAUCCACACUCCUCCAAGCCCCUCUCCACACUCCUCCAAGCCUCCCUCCACACUCCUCCAAGCCCCUCUCCACACUCCUCCACGCCUCUAUCCUCUCCACACUUCUCCAAGCCUCCCUCCACACUUCUCCAAGCCUCCCUCCACACUUCUCCAAGCCUCCCUCCACACUCCUCCAAGCCCCUCUCCACACUCCUCCACGCCUCUAUCCUCUCCACACUUCUCCAAGACUCCCUCCACACUCCUCCAAGCCCCUCUCCACACUCCUCCACGCCUCUAUCCUCUCCACACUUCUCCACGCCUCUAUCCUCUCCACACUUCUCCAAGCCCCCCUCCACACUCCUCCAAGCCCCUCUCCACACUCCUCCACGCCUCUAUCCUCUCCACACUUCUCCAAGCCCCCCUCCACACUCCUCCAAGCCCCUCUCCACAGUCCUCCAAGCCUCUAUCCUCUCCACACUCCUCCAAGCCCCUCUCCACACCCCUCUCCACUCUCCUCCAAGCCCCUCUCCACAGUCCUCCAAGCCCCUCUCCACAGUUCUCCAAGCCCCUAUCCUCUCCACACUCCUCCAAGCCCCUAUACUCUCCACAGUCCUCCAAGCCCCUAUCCUCUCCACAGUCCUCCGAGCCCCUAUCCUCUCCACACUCCUCCAAGCCCCUAUCCUCUCCACAGUCCUCCAAGCCCCUAUCCUCUCCACAGUCCUCCAAGCCCCUAUACUCUCCACAGUCCUCCAAGCCCCUAUCCUCUCCACAGUCAUCCGAGCCCCUAUCCUCUCCACACUCCUCCAAGCCCCUAUCCUCUCCACAGUCCUCCAAGCCCCUAUCCUCUCCACAGUCCUCCAAGCCCCUAUCCUCUCCACAGUCCUCCAAGCCUCUAUCCUCUCCACACUCCUCCAAGCCCCUCUCCACAUCCUCCAAGCCCCUCUCCACACUCCUCCAAGCCCCUCUCCACUCUCCUCCAAGCCCCUCUCCACUCUCCUCCAAGCCCCUCUCCACAGUCCUCCAAGCCCCUCUCCACAGUUCUCCAAGCCCCUAUCCUCUCCACACUCCUCCAAGCCCCUAUCUCUCCACAGUCCUCCAAGCCCCUAUCCUCUCCACAGUCCUCCAAGCCCCUAUCCUCUCCACACUCCUCCAAGCCCCUAUCCUCUCCACAGUCCUCCAAGCCCCUAUCCUCUCCACAGUCCUCCAAGCCCCUAUCCUCUCCACAGUCCUCCAAGCCUCUAUCCUCUCCACACUCCUCCAAGCCCCUCUCCACAGUCCUCCAAGCCCCUCUCCACACUCCUCCAAGCCCCUCUCCACUCUCCUCCAAGCCCCUCUCCACUCUCCUCCAAGCCCCUCUCCACAGUCCUCCAAGCCCCUCUCCACAGUUCUCCAAGCCCCUAUCCUCUCCACACUCCUCCAAGCCCUAUACUCUCCACAGUCCUCCAAGCCCCUAUCCUCUCCACAGUCCUCCAAGCCCCUAUCCUCUCCACAGUCCUCCAGCCCCUAUCCUCUCCACACUCCUCCAAGCCCCUAUCCUCUCCACAGUCCUCCAAGCCCCUAUCCUCUCCACAGUCCUCCAAGCCCCUAUCCUCCACACUCCUCCAAGCCCCCCUCUCCACAGUACUCCAAGCCCCUCUCUACAGUCCUCCAAGCCUCUAUCCUCUCCACACUUCUCCAAGCCUCCCUCCACACUCCUCCAAGCCCCUCUCCACACUCCUCCACGCCCCUAUCCUCUCCACACUUCUCCAAGACUCCCUCCACACUCCUCCAAGCCCAUCUCCACACUCCUCCACGCCUCUAUCCUCUCCACACUUCUCCACGCCCCUAUCCUCUCCACACUUCUCCAAGCCCCCUCCACACUCCUCCACGCCUCUAUCCUCUCCACACUUCUCCAAGCCCCCUCCACACUCCUCCAAGCCCCUCUCCACAGUCCUCCAAGCCUCUAUCCUCUCCACAGUCCUCCAAGCCCCUCUCCACAGUCCUCCAAGCCCCUCUCCACUCUCCUCCAAGCCCCUCUCCACAGUCCUCCAAGCCCCUCUCCACUCUCAUCCAAGCCCCCCUCUCCACAGUCCUCCAAGCACCUCUCCACACUCCUCCAUGCCUAUCCUCUCCACUCUCCUCCAAGCCCCUCUCCACUCUCCUCCAAGCCCCUCUCCACUCUCCUCCAAGCCCCUCUCCACAGUCCUCCAAGCCCCUCUCCACAGUUCUCCAAGCCCCUAUCCUCUCCACACUCCUCCAAGCCCCCUCUCCACAGUCCUCCAAGCCCCUAUCCUCUCCACAGUCCUCCGAGCCCCUAUCCUCUCCACACUCCUCCAAGCCCCUAUCCUCUCCACAGUCCUCCAAGCCCCUAUCCUCUCCACAGUCCUCCAAGCCCCUAUCCUAUCCACAGUCCUCCAAGCCCCUAUCCUCUCCACAGUCCUCCAAGCCCCUAUCCUCUCCACAGUCCUCCAAGCCCCUAUCCUAUCCACACUCCUCCAAGCCCCUCUCCACUCUCCUCCAAGCCCCUCUCCACUCUCCUCCAAGCCCCUCUCCACAGUCCUCCAAGCCCCUCUCCACAGUUCUCCAAGCCCCUAUCCUCUCCACAGUCCUCCAAGCCCCUAUCCUCUCCACAGUCCUCCAAGCCCCUAUCCUCUCCACACUCCUCCAAGCCCCUAUCCUCUCCACAACUCCCUCCACACUCCUCCAAGCCCAUCUCCACACUCCUCCACGCCUCUAUCCUCUCCACACUUCUCCACGCCUCUAUCCUCUCCACACUUCUCCAAGCCCCCUCCACACUCCUCCAAGCCUCUAUCCUCUCCACACUUCUCCAAGCCCCCUCCACACUCCUCCAAGCCCCUCUCCACAGUCCUCCAAGCCUCCCUCUCCACACUCCUCCAAGCCCCUCUCCACAUCCUCCAAGCCCCUCUCCACACUCCUCCAAGCUCUCCACUCUCCUCCAAGCCCCUCUCCACUCUCCUCCAAGCCCCUCUCCACUCUCCUCCAAGCCCCUCUCCACAGUCCUCCAAGCCCCUCUCCACAGUUCUCCAAGCCCCUAUCCUCUCCACACUCCUCCAAGCCCCUAUACUCUCCACAGUCCUCCAAGCCCCUAUCCUCUCCACAGUCCUCCGAGCCCCUAUCCUCUCCACACUCCUCCAAGCCCCUAUCCUCUCCACAGUCCUCCAAGCCCCUAUCCUCUCCACAGUCCUCCAAGCCCCUAUCCUAUCCACAGUCCUCCAAGCCCCUAUCCUCUCCACAGUCCUCCAAGCCCCUAUCCUCUCCACACUCCUCCAAGCCCCUAUCCUCUCCACAGUCCUCCAAGCCCCUCUUUACAGUCCUCCAAGCCCCUAUCCUCUCCACAGUCCUCAAAGCCCCUAUCCUCUCCACAGUCCUCAAGCCCCUAUCCUCUCCACAGUCCUCCAAGCCCCUAUCCUCUCCACACUCCUCCAAGCCCCUAUCCUCUCCACAGUCCUCCAAGCCCCUAUCCUCUCCACAAGAAUUUGGCAGUACGUCUAACCGGCCUCACAACCGCAGACCACGUGUAUGGCGUCGUGUGGGCGAGCGGUUUGCUGAUGCCAAUGUUGUUGCUGAUGCCAACGUUGUUUGGGAUGCUCUGGAUCGACGUGUAUGA